AUGGAGCACAACAACAACCAGAUCGGGACUGAAGAGUCCACUGCACCUGCCCUUCCAACCACUACCGCCCCCCCCUCCCUUGUUAGUGCCGCUGCUGGAAAUCUGCAGGUAGCCCAGAGCGACCACAACGCAGGCGACCUCGACCUUUCUCCUGAUGGUGGGCCCGUUGUUGAUGAUUCUGGCGAUGCAGGGGUCCCGCUCGUCCGCUCUCCAGCUGUUACUAAUCCGAGGGACGAUCCCACUAGCCCGCGUGUGCACUGGACGGCCACAGAGAUGCUUCAGCUGGUGCAGGCCAGAUUCGACCUGGAUCCUGACUGGGAUCUCAUGCGCGGAGUUCAAGGUGCCAACUACUGGGCUGCACUCCACACGCUGGUGCUUGAGCGCCAUCCCCGUUUCCGCUUCAGCCGAGGGGCGAUCAAAAUCAAAAUGUUGAGGAUCGAGGCGCAGUACAAACAGCUCCGCGACAGGCUGUCUCGCUCUGGCGCCGGUGCAAUCCGCUACUUCCCUUCCUGGUACGGACUGAUGGAGACAAUCCGUGGCAAUCGCCCUGGAGUCCAGCCCGUCCACCGUGUGACUGCUGCGAUGAUAACCACUCCUACUCCCCUACCAGUUCCUACCCCAACAGCCGUGACGCACGUCGGUCCUAUUCGUGCAAGGCCUGCUGUUCUAGCAUCUACUACCACCACCAUCCCAAGUGUGGAUGCCACCAUCCGUGCUGCAACGACUGGUGGAUCGGGACGGAACACGCGCACUCCAUCUACGGAUGUGAACUCCCCGGUUACGCCAAGCGGGCCUGUUUCACGCACGCCUACCCCACGCACUCCUACUACGGCGGUGGUGACUCCAGUAACCACAACUAAUCAGCCCACCGCACCGCCGUCUGGCACUGGUUCGCCAUCCACGCCAUCACCUUCCGUUCCCACCGCGUCCCCCUCGACCUCCGCGGGUGGGACGGGGACGCCUCCUGCAGGGGGAUCACCAACACAGAGCAAUGGUCGGUCGCCUCUGCUCCUGCUAGCGCCGCUCGCGCUCGCGCUUCUGAUGCUGCUGGCGGAACCCGCUUCGGGGUUUGAAGCUGACGCUCUUCCAGGCUGGCUCGGUGACACCUAUCGCUCCACGCCUGAACCCAAGCCAGCAGCAGCUGAACCUGAACCUGGGUUGAGCGAGCCUCGCGUCGUCCGGCUAUCGUGGAAACCAAGAGCGUGGAUCUACAAGCAGUUCCUGACCCAUGAGGAGUGCGAUCACAUCAUUGCACUGGCGCGGCCCAACAUGACGCGCUCGGAGGUGGUGGCAGACAAUGGCACCGAAGAGAUAGACCCCAUUCGCACCAGCUACGGAACUUUUCUGGAAGCUGCCCAGGAUGACGUCAUCAAGCGCAUUGAAGACCGCAUUGCUACCUGGACCUUCCUUGCCCCUGAGAACCAGGAGUCGAUGCAGGUGCUGCGGUAUGCCGUGGGGCAGAAGUACGAUGCCCACCACGACUUCUUUGAGGAGGAUGAGAAGCAGCAGCAGGGCGGCCACCGCUACGCCACUGUGCUCAUGUACCUCACUGAUGGGUUCCAUGGGGGGGAGACCGUGUUUCCAGACUCUGAGAAGGACAAGCGAGAGAAGGACGACACGUGGUCUGACUGUGGCAAGCAGGGUGUUGCAGCCAAGCCAGUGAAGGGCGAUGCACUGCUUUUCUUUUCCCUGAAACCUUCCGCUGAGCCCGACCUAGCCUCCCUCCACGCGGGCUGCCCCGUGCUGGCCGGGGAGAAGUGGUCCGCCACCAAGUGGAUCCACGUGCGCUCCUUCGAGGAAGAAGAGGAUGGGGGGGAAGAAGGCGAGAAGGUAUCUUCUCAGUCACACCCGCCAGGCGCGUGUGUGGAUGAGAGUGAGCAUUGUGUUCCAUGGGCCAAGGCUGGGGAGUGUGAGAAGAACCCUGGGUAUAUGCACAGCAGCUGCGCCCGGAGCUGCGGCAAGUGCAGUGUACUUGCUGCUUGA